AUGUCAGAUCGACCAUUCCGCUUCCUCGAUCUCCCGGCUGAGCUACGCUGUAUGGUCUACGAAGCCAUCGACUUAGCGACCAGGAAAGAGAGAUACAAUCCCAGUAUCAUCCGCCGUAAACAGGACGAUGCUGUUUCGAGACGCAGUGGAAAACUCGUCAUGUACCGACGCAUUCUACCCAUGUCAAUCUUGGCAACCUGCCGCCUUGUCAACCGAGAAGCUGCACCUAUCAUUACCAGGAAAGCUCAUAUGAUCUUGAAGGAGCCAGUACGCUUUUACAUGAAUUGGACCCCUGAGGAGGCCACCCAGCACGUCUUAUAUGGCUGCUUCGACACUUCAUUCACAACAAGACGCCCUGGCACCGCGGGCUUCGACUCAAGGUGGCAGUUCAUCGAGAAUUGCCGUUACUACCUCAAAGCAAUCACCCAUGCACGCCCGAAUGACACCACCGUUCCGGAUGUUGAAGUCACCAUCGCCCAUCUGAAACUGGAUCACGACAGAGCGAAGUUCAAUACUAUCGAUUUCAUACUCCGCAACAUUUGCGAGGCCUCUAGUGUCUGUAUGGAUAUGUUACUCAAGGAAAAUCCUAGGCACAAUUCUCGCAUUGAUGCUGCAAUGCCCGCACAGCCAGGAUUGACGAAAAUGGACAACUGGAGAACCAUGGCAAGACGGGUAUCGGAUGUUCCGGGAGUCAGACUUCGCGACAUGGAUGAUGAUGAGUGGGCAGAUCAUAUGCAGAUGUUAAAAGAACUCUGA